ACACCAUGCGAGUCGGACGUGUACCGCGCGUGAUCGAAAGUUCUUCUACUUGUAUAAGUUUGUAGAAUGAUAUUUUAUAAACCGACGCGCGAAAUGUUUAAUUUCAAAAACGUAUAGUAACGGAUAUGAGUAAAUAAAAGGUUGGCAUAUACUAGUGUAUAUAGCCUUAUUUUUGUUAAUACAAAUCGAAAAGAAAAAGCUCGGCUUUAACACAACAAUACUUUGGUCGCCGGGCUCCAAAAUUGUGUUUGUGUUUUAAUUGUAUUUCGCCGGUGUAUUAUUGUUAUUGCCAAGUUAAAUAAUUAAAAUUGUAAAAUAUAAUGCCACGACCUCUAAAUUUACUAAAUAGCAGCUGAGAAAAAAAUGCAAGUGCAAAAAGUAUCCGUGAAAAAGUACGAACUACUCAUAUAAGAAAAAUACAUAUACACGCACACACACUCGCAUACAUGACGAUCAUUCAUUAUUGCUGCUGCUUCUUCUUCUUCUUGCGCGACGUGUUUCGCUUAAGCUCACCUGGCGUGUGUGUAUGCGUGCGUGUGUGAGCGAGUGCUGUGCUGUGCGCAAGUGUGAGUGAGACAGUGAGUGCCCAAGUGAGAAGCCGAGCUUUCAACUGUUAAAGUUAAAGUUCUUUAGCUUGCGUCGGCGUAGCGUUGGCAGCAGCAACAGGUUAGACCCGUCUACAGUCUCUCCCUCUCAAUCUCUCUCUCGGAUCUGGAUCUCAGUAUUUAGCAAGAGGAACACUCGCAAGUCAUCCCAAUCGUUAUGCUGUACAGUAAAACAUGGCAACGUCGUCACUUUAUGUUGCUGGGGUGACCUGUUUGGGUUUCGUGUGCUUUGCUUUGGCCUCCGUCGCCAUUGGCAUACCCAUUUGGGGUUACUACGAUAGUCCAUCAGGUGGCUAUGACUACGAUCGCGGCUAUUUUGGGCCCUUUAAAGUGUGUAAGCAAUUGACUUAUAAUCGCGAGAAAUGCGGCAACGAUGUCUCCAAGUUCCGGCUGAGCAAUGCUGUAUUCGCCAGCGGAAUUUUGGCUGUGGGCAGCUCAGCGCUGCUAGGCAUCUUCUGCAUACUGUCGGUCAUCCAACACGCGAUGAUAUCGUCACGGGAGAAGGUGGUCAUGUCCUACACAUCGCUGGUCAUUGUCAAACUCAUCCUUGCCCUCCUGGGUGGUUUGCUGGCCAUUAUAGCCGCAGUCCUUUUUGCGUUGCAAAUCGAUGAACAGGAGCGCUUUGGUUUCAAGAUAUCGCGUGGCAUUUCCUUUUACAUACAGAUAGUUGUGAUUGUUUUAUCGAUUGCGCUGUUUGUCGCCGCCGUCUAUGAUGUCAUCUUCUCCCGCAGCUCUGGAGGCGAUCCUACAAUGGCGCUGGACGCUUCAUCGCCAGCUAGUGCGACCACAUUCAACAAUCCCGGCUUCAAGGAGCCGCGUAGUCGCAACGGCGUCUCGGUUACAGAUGCCUCUGGCAAGCCAUACAGUGGCAUCCGCAAUGGAGCCGGCACAGCAGGCAGCGUGGCUUCUAUGAGCACCACUGUCACAAGUGUCUCGAAUGGUUCGACAUUGGACUCUGUGACACGCUCCCCGCUGCGUUCGAGUCUCAAGAAACCGCGACCCCGGCCAGAUCCGACGCUGGGCAUUCAAAAUCCCGGCUACUCCGGCUCGGGCAGCUCGCCGCCGAUGCGUCGCAAUGGCAGCGUGAAAAAAGUUCGCAUUCAAACGCACAGCACAGAGGUUUAGAUAGAACAGGGCGAAAAUGUGUAGCCCUCACUUUAUGCGAUUAUCGAAUAGAGCAUCAAUACGAAAUAAGCAAAAAGAUGACAAAAACAACAAACAACAAAAAACAAUUACAAAGACUGUGUAUAGUAGCAAGCAACACAAAACGACAUUUGAAAAAAUACAAAUUGAAUGGAAAAAUGAAAAGUUUCAA